AUGUCCGAUCCUCCGAAAAAGAAGAAUUACUCGAAGGGUUCUUCUAAAACCUGUCGAAAUUGUGCCAAAGCCAAGAUACGGUGCAUCCGACACAGGGCGACCGGGAGUUGUGACCGAAGAAUAGAUGCACUGGAAACCAAAGUUGACCAGCUACUGUUGCAGUCAGGCACUCGGAGUCUUAGAGACGGUAGCAUGACAAAUGGACCCCCAGUCAGUGUUGCUGCGAUUGGCCCUGCGCCUUGCACAGAUGUAAUUGACCAAGGCCUUCUCACGAUCGAUGCGGCCAAUGUCCUUCUGAGAGGGUAUCGGACUACGCUUGCUCUGUACUGCCCGUUUGUUAUAGUCCCACCACAGGUAAACGCGGAGAUGUUGCGGCGAGACAAGCCCUUCCUUUUCCUUGCACUUAUCACAGCUGCCUUAUACGAUAAUAUGCCUCUGCAGCGAAAGUUGGAGAUAGAAAUGAAGAAGGCAAUUUCCGAAUGCAUGGUUGGUGGUGGGCAAAUUUCCUUUGAGACUUUGCAGGGACUUUUAGUCCACAUUUCAUGGUGCCAGUAUCACUCCAGGCCACGUCGGUACGCUCAGUAUUUAAAUCUUGCGAUUAGUGUCAUUACUGAUCUUCAACUGGAUCGAUCCCCCGAACAUCGAUUUUGGACAACUCGAGUCAGCUUCGAUGGGGAUGACGACAAAGACACAGUGUCCUGGGGGCGAGAAGAGAAACGCGCUGUAAUUGGCUGUUUCUAUUUCUCAUCCGCGAUAUCGCAAAUCCUUCAAAAGCGGUUUUAUUUCCCAUAUCUACCAUAUCUAGAAAGCAUUGGCGUGGAUUUGACAACAGAUCCGGAAUAUGCGUCGGACAAAUAUUUUCUUUACAUUGUGCGACUUCAACGUAUUUCAGAGAAGAUCGCUCUCUAUUCAGCCCCAAAUUUUCCUGAGCCUAGUAAGGCCAACAAUGAGCAUUCGUAUGACGAAUUGAAAGCAGAACUUUCAUUAUAUCAGACGAAUUUGCCAUUUCCUUUGACUGAAAACCAUAUUCUAUUCACGAACUUCCAUGCAGUCCAGCUAUGUUUAUGCCAAAUCUCUGUCUUUGACCACAACCUAAACGCGCAGAGCAUGCAUCAUUCUUUACCUUAUCAGAUCGAUGCUUUGCGCAUGGGGCUCGUCGUGUCCAAGACCCUGCUCGAAUUUUACAUAUCCCUUCCCCUACGCCACGAUGUUGCUUUUAAUAAUGCCAUCUGGGUUCAGCUUGGCUUCGCGGCCACUCUUGCCUGUAAGCUGUCUGUUGCAGCUAUGCGUCCCUCAGUCCAUCCCCACACAUUUGACCUGUGUCGUGCAUUUGACAUCUCCAAAUUUCUGAGCCGCUGUAUUCUCCGGAUCCAGGCCCUAGUCACGCCAGACAUGGAUGCGUCUGGCGAUAGGGAUGUGUUCUACCACUACGAAAAGCGCUUGAAGCGCGUUCAAUGGUGGUUCGGAAAUAGGGCACUAUGUGGUCUCAACAAUGACUCUUCAAAGCACGACAUUCCGCUAGGAGAAAGCCUAAGCUCAUCUACCGUAGCUGAAAGCCAGUAUCUUGAUGCUUCACAGCCUCCAAUGGAGGUCUUUGAUCCCCACUUGCAGUGGCCAGGACUUUUUCCUGAUGCCUCAAUCGAUGAACUUUUCGUUGACUGGGCAGGGCAAACAACGUCAUCCUUUGAGCAACAGCACAUGGCAUGA